AUGCCGGAUUUCUUCGUCCUGGCACGGGUUGUCGGGUCCGACGGGGCAUUCCCUAAGUGGAAGGAAAGGCUGGUCCCAUUGUGCGAGGUUUCUGCCACUGAACCCUACUCUACGUCCUACUAUUGGGGACAAGACGUUGAUGGAGAACCGGAUACACUCUGGGGUCUAGAAGGCUACCGACAUCCCAUCGGCUUCUUCAUCGGUCAUCCUGCUUCAGACGUGUUCAAGCGAGAAAUGAAAAAGGUCGAUGAUGACAAACUACUCCGGCACGUUCAAGGGCUUGGAAGCCCAGACUAUGACCUCCACUACUAUGACAUGCAUUACGGCUUCUUGACGCGCCCCGAUGAUAAGGACAAAGACGCCAAAGACAGCUUCGUCGUUGUAGUUCACUUUUGGGCCCCCGAAGGUCAUCGAAAACAGCUUCUGGGAACUCUGUCUGCUGCCGUUGAUCGAGUGGAAGCGUCAGAGAAUUCCCCUCUUAUUACCAUUCAAAGUUUUGCCGUUCUCAAGGAAUGUCUGGACGUCAAUAUGGCUAGUCUCUAUAUUCGGUCAGUAGCUUCACAAACUACCCGAAUCCCUGUGUACCGAGAGAAUGGUCCCUGA